AUGGCGGAGGUGAAGGCCCGACCGAUCGCACUCUUCCCAGUGGCCUCAGAUCUUCCAAAAGCUCGCUCAGGAAAAGUGCCGGAACUGCCCAUUCUGGAGAAAAGGAACUGGCUGAUACAUCUGCACUAUAUCCACAAAGACUACGAGACGUGUAAGAUUGCUAUAAAAGAGCAACUUCAGGAGAGCCAUGGAAUGUGUGAAUAUGCGAUCUAUGUUCAAGCUUUGAUAUUUCGCUUGGAAGGGAAGAUUCAAGAGUCACUUGAGCUUUUCCAGACUUGCGCUAUUCUCAGUCCUCAGAGCGCGGACAACCUCAAGCAGGUGGCUCGGUCAUUGUUUCUCCUGGGGAAACACAAAGCAGCCAUUGAAGUGUACAGCGAUGCUGCCAAACUCAACAGAAAGGACUGGGAGACCUUCCACAACUUGGGCGUCUGCUACAUGCACCUGAAGCACUUCAACAAGGCGAGAGAUCAACUGAAUGCCGCCCUGGAGCUGAGCCAGCACGACCUGACGUACAUGACGCUGGGGAAAAUUCACCUGCUGCAAGGAAAUACAGAGAAGGCCAUUGAAGUUUAUAAGAAAGCAGUAGAAUUCUCUCCCGAAAACACAGAGCUCCUGACGACCCUGGGCUUGCUUUACCUGCAGCUUGGCGUUUAUCAGAAGGCCUUUGAGCAUCUUGGGAAUGCACUCAUGUACGAUCCCAGCAACUAUAAGGCAAUUUUGGCAGCUGGCAGCAUGAUGCAGAUGCAUGGGGACUUUGACGUGGCCCUCACGAAGUACCGCGUGGCAGCUUGCACCGUUCCUGAAAGCCCCCCGCUCUGGAAUAACAUUGGAAUGUGCUUCUUUGGCAAGAAGAAAUAUGUAGCGGCUAUCAGCUGCUUGAAGAGAGCCAGCUACCUGGCCCCCUUUGACUGGAAGAUCCUGUACAACCUCGGGCUGGUCCAUCUGACGAUGCAACAGUACGCGUCUGCCUUUCACUUCAUCAGCGCUGCGGUCUACCUCCAGCCAAAGAUGGGCGAGCUGUACAUGCUGCUGGCAGUGGCGCUGACGAACCUGGCCGAUACCGAGAAUGCCAAAUUGGCCUACCAGAAAGCUUCGGUGCUGGACCUGUACAACCCCCUGGUAAACCUGAAUUACGCUAUCCUGCUGUACAACCAGGGAGACAAGAAACAGGCUGUCCUCCAGUACCAGGAGAUGGAAGGCAAGGUCAACAUGUUAAAGGAGAGCGGUGCGAUGGAGCUGGACCCUGAGAUGGUGGACAUCGCCCAGAAGCUGGGUGCCGCCUUGCAGCUGGGGGAGAGCUCUGUCUGGGCCAAGCCCACGAAAGACCCCAAGUCAAAACAGCGAGGGGCUUCGGCCAGCAAGGCCCCCGGCGCACAGCCUCUGGGCUCCAACCAAGCCCUGGGACAAGCCAUGUCUUCAGCAGCCGGAUACGGGAAGACCAUUCCUGCAGGUGGUGGGAUUUCAGCUCAGCAGGCAAAGCCCCCCUCCCUCCCCCUGGAACCGGAUCCUGACGCAGAGCUGGGUCCGGAGGAGAGGCGCAAAACUUCCCUGGGAACUCUGCUGGGCCAGAGCUACAGCUUAGGCAAGAAACUGCUCUGCUUGGACUAG